GUGUGUGUCACCAACGCCCUUCUUGACAUGUACACGAAAUGCGACUGCUCCCAGGAAGCUCUGGCUCUGUUCGAUGGUGCAGAUUGCAGGGAUGUCUUCACUUGGAACAUCGUCAUUCUUGGUUGCAUCCAUGAGAAUCACGUUGAGAGUGCCUGCAGAAUGUUCCGGUCCAUGGUCAGGGGUGCCGUCUUGCCUGACGAUGUGUCAUUUGCUACUGUGUUGCAAGCUACAGCGUGCCUGGCAGCAUGGGAUUUCGGAGCGAGCUUACAUGCGGCUGUCGAAAAGGCAGGAUUCGUGGUCAGCCAGGUUGUUGCUAGGUCGCUCAUCAGCAUGUAUUCCAAAUCUGGCUGUUUGGAUGAUGCCCGCAGAGUGUUCGAGGCAGCACAAGGUCACUUGUCUAUAAUGUCAUGGACCGCCAUGAUCACUGCAUUUCAGCAGCAUGGACAAGGACGCCAGGCUAUCAAUCUGUUCGAGAUAUUGAUGGAGAAGGGCAUCAUGCCGGACCACGUCACAUUUGUCAGUGUUCUCUCUUCUUGCAGCCAUAGCGGACUUGUUCAGCUAGGGCGCAAGUACUUCAGUUUGAUGACUAAGGUUUAUAAGCUCGCGCCUAGGAGUGAGCACUACUGUUGCAUGGUCGACAUGUUUGGACGAGCUGGUCUUCUUGGCGAGGCCAAGCGAUUCGUUGAUGAGAUGCCAUUUAAGCCAGAUGCUUCAGUCCUAGGAGCACUACUUGCAGCUUGCUUGAAUUGUGGGGACCUUGAGCUGGGAAAGGAGGUUGCUGAGAACCUGUUUGAGAUUGAACCGGGUAAAGCCGGGAACUAUGUUCUGCUCGCCAACAUCUAUGCGUCGCAUGGAAGACUCGAAGAUGCAAAGGAAGUGAGGAGACGGAUGGUCUCCCAGGAAGUAAAGAAGGAAAAGGGUUGUAGCUUAGUCAACCUGGAGAAUAGGACUGUUUUCAAUGCUUCAGGACUCCCAUCCGGCAAGGGAAGUUGGAUUACUGCUGCAAAGAAGCACAUCAUUGUUCGUGGUUCCGUGGAUGAUUAUUUCUUUGUUCCGCGUGAUACAUGUUAAGCUGAAAUUAAAGGAUUAUGAAGUGUAACAUCUGUGGAAUCACAGGGAAUUGUUGAUUUAAGAUCGAACAAAGAGCUGUGAAGUAGGCAUUUUAGAUGGGCUCUUUUCAGAUGGACUCGUGGACAGUACUAUCCUGCAACUCAAAGAGUACCAGCGUCAUGUUCUUUUGUUGGUUUCUAUGUGGCAGUGGCAUGUCAAAAGGAAAGAGAAGCGGUCUUUUUCGCUUUUGGAGUAGCAGGCCUCGCGUGCAAUGUGCUAAUAGUUCGGUGGUGGAGCACUUCUUGGACCACUUAAAAUGGACGUGAAAGUAAGAGAAAUAUCUUCCUCCUUUUCAAACGGCCAAUACUGCUGGAGGAAUAACCCCCUUUGCUGGAUUAUUACCAAAAUAAUCCUACAAGGCUAUUUUUCAGGAAUUCGUACCAAGAUUCUGACUUACAG